UACAUGUAUUAUAAAAAUACAUCUCCUUCAAUACAAGAUCACAACUAUACAGCUUACAGUCGUAUAUCGUUUGAAAAACAAUAAUACCAAACUUUCAAGCACUUAUACGUAAUUGCAGCUUUCCAUCUUCUCUGUUUAUCUUGCGGAACUGGCUACUAGUUGUUAUAAAUAUCCCAUGCUAUAAUUCCAGACGUUCCCUUUUUUCAGUCGUAUCGAUUUCCAAGUGUAGCUGCAAAUAAUAGUAGAGUUGCAGAUGCACGCACGUAAUAUCACAAGCGUAAGCUCAGCGACAUACAAUCAAUAUACUUGAACUGUGUAAACAGUCGUUCUCGAUCUGCUCGCGAAUAUGCAUCUUUCCGUUCGACAACCACAGAAUCCAAAUUACGAGGAAGACAUUGUUUACGUGACGAAACACAACAAAUGGAUCCUGAGUACCAUCGGCAUGUGGCCCACUGUAGUAAAAGGCAUCGGAAAAUUUGUACCAAAAAUUAUAAUAGGUCUGAGUAAUUUCGUAUCGUCUUUGAACGUACUGCAAUUUAUACUACACAUUAUACUGGAAGAAAAAAACACUACAUUAAAAGUGAGAUUCCUAGGCUUAAUUUGUUUUGCUUCAACCAAUCUGAUGAAGUAUUGGGCUCUGAUAGCGCGCAAAUCGAAUAUCGAAUACUGUAUCGAACAGGUGCAGAUAGAUUGGAAGCAGGUAGAUUUCCAAAGAAAUCGUAUGCUGAUGCUAAAAUACGGAAAAAUCGGUCGAGAUCUCACCAUAUACAGUGCCGUGUUUAUGUAUGGCUCUGAAAUGUUGUACAUUACAAUCAUGCAAUAUGCAUUGGGAUCAAUGCUGAAGGAAAAUAAUCGUACAACCAGAGUGCUAGUGUACCCUACCUAUAGUGGAUUGCUCGACGUCCAAAAAAGUCCCAUCUACGAAAUCGUGUACGUUCUCCAAUGCAUGUGCACACUUUUGUUCAACUCUGUAACAGUUUCGUGUUGUGGAUUGGCUGCGCUUUUUGCAACACACGCCUGUGGACAGAUUGAUAUCAUUAUGUCUCAAUUAGAUGACCUGGUCGAUGGAAAAUUUGCCAAGAAAAAUUCUAAUCCAGACACUCGACUGACGGAAAUUGUAAAACAUCAUAUAAAAAUUUUAAAAUUUUCUACUAUGAUUGAGACGGUUCUGCAGGAAGUGUGCUUUUUCGAAUUCGUUGGUACCACGUUGGUAGUAUGCUUCCUCGAAUAUUAUUGUCUAACGGAUUGGCAAAGCAAUAAUAAAAUUGGUGUGGCAACAUACUCGAUGCUACUGGUAUCCUUGACGUUCAAUAUGUUCUUGUUAUGCUACAUUGGUAAUCUUCUACUAGAAAAGAGUUCUGACAUUGGAAUAUCUUGCUAUCUGAUUGACUGGUACCGCCUACCACCUAAAACAGUUCAAGAUCUUAUGUUGAUCAUCGCUAUGUCGAACACUCCAGUGAAAAUUAGCGCCGGCAGAAUAUUUCUUUUAUCCUUGCCUACUUUCGGAAAUGUAGGUUUUUACGAAUAUUUCUUUUAUGUUUUGCCUGUUCAAAAUUUACACAAAUCAACCGUUUAAUCUACCGGUGACUAAAUAUAACUUCGUCUUUGCAGAUUCUAAAGACAUCAUUCGCGUACUUAAACUUCGUUCGAAAUGCCACUAUGUAAUAAUUUAAUAAUUAUUCCGUUAUUUUCGUAUAUUCAC